UCUUUUUCGUAACCCCCACCAUAUACAAAUCCUGCAGGCAAACAAGCAGCAAGUAGCCAACGAAUUUUGGUUUAGUUUUUUUCUGAAAUUGUUGGUGUUUGUCGUUUUGAGGUUACAAUCUAAUUAUAAUAAGUAUUUUUGUAAAUUUGAUUUGAAGUUCAAGGUUCAAUAAUCUGAUAUUCGCAUAUCCUUUAUUAGAAUCUUUGUUUUUAGAAUAUGGCCCAAAAAUUUGGUGAAAUAAAGCACCAGCUUGAUGUGUCUUUGCAUGACUCUUCUAAACCAUGGACUUCCAUUUUAGAACAAGCAGAAAAAAAGACUGGAUUGGAUAGGUUGUAUAUAUUUGCAGGUGGAAUUGUACUAGUUGGAUUAUGGCUGGUGUUUGGAUAUUUUGCUCAGUUAGUAUGUAAUUCAGUGGGAUUCUUAUAUCCAGCUUACAUGUCUAUAAAGGCUAUUGAAUCAAAAUCUAAAGAUGAUGAUACAAAAUGGCUCACUUAUUGGGUUGUAUUUGCACUUUUUUCAAUUGCUGAGUACUUUGCUGAUUUCAUUGUUGGAUGGUUUCCUCUAUAUUGGCUCAUUAAAUGCAUUUUUAUGGUAUGGCUGAUGAUUCCUACAGGUUUCAAUGGAUCUUUGAUUUUGUACAACAGAAUUAUUAAACCAUAUUUUUUAAAACAUGAACACAAUAUCGAUGAUGUCGUCAAUAAAGUGAAGGACUCAGCUCAUAAAGUAUUUGACAAAAGGGAAUGAAUCGUCUUAACGUAGAGUUCAACUACCGAAAUACUUUGGCUGUAUAUGGAGCGUUUUUGGCCCUUCAGAAAUCUGUUUGAGACAUUUCAAAUUUAGUAUUUUUAUAUAAGCACAAUGUAUUACAUUUUUUCAGUCCUUGCCUUACUGUUAAGAUAUAUAUUUACUAGAGCAAUGAAUCUGUUUUUAAUGUGAAAUAUAUUAUAAGUGUGAAUUUUUCAGGACUUGAUUAUAUUAUAGGCUUGUGAGUGUUUA